UUGAUAUUUCCAGAACAUGGCUUCUCCUGAUAACUACAUGUUUCUGCAUUUCAGAUCUCCGAGUUUCUUCUUGGGUGCCCUUUUCCACAAUGUUGGAGGGAUAAUGCAUUUGGUUUAUAUUUCAGGAGCGUUGGCAAGGUUGCUCACCAAUGAUCUGGAAGUGUUUCGUUCUCAGUACUUGCAUGAUAGAGAAAGAAACUGGUUAUUCCUAAUUCCUAAAUGUGCUAUUGCAGAUCCAAGGUCCCUGAGUUGGUUAGUGUUUACAGUAUUUUGCUCAUCGCGGCCCAUCAUAGGAAUCAGCGAGCGGUGGCUCAAGCGAUACGGGGCAGGGGGCGAGCGUCAGACGGUGCAGCAAACAGGACAUGCGGUAGGAAUGGCGGUCAAGACCACGCGUGCAGCUUGGGGAGUGGACCAUCUACGAAGCUCGAUGGGCCUGCUGCAUCUCUGCCUUUCAGAAGUGGCCACCGCCAUUGAUCCUCCUCUAACGCAGGAGGGUCCUCCUCAAAUCAUGGGGGAGGGCGGCCGGAGAGUGCAAGCGGAGGUGGGAGGCGCUUGUGGUGUAGUACAAGGUGGGUGCAGCGUUGGGAUGUAUGGUUUGGGGUAUCAACGGAGCACCACUCUGCAAGUGUUCUGUAUCUGCGAGCCUGCGAUGUCUGUCAUUCUACCUCUGUUUCAGGUGAGAUGCUCCUGUUAUUUUUUUAUUCGGGUAGGCAGAAUAAGGAAGGCGCUAGCAUAUUUCAUCGUGUUAAAAGCCUAG